AUGUACCGAUAUGUAUGCAUCCGUCCUGGAUACGCAAGGACAUCAGCUGACGGAAUCUUCACAGCAGAAUGCAGCAUAAGCCUUAUUUUGGGCACAUUCAACAUCCUGUUUGACCCCGGAAGCCCCUGGGAUGGACCACUUGUCACCAAAAUGUUGUCAGAUCAUGGCUUGAAAUCCAGUGACAUUGCAUUUGUUGUUUGUUCCCAUCCACAUAUUGAUCACGUUGGCAACUUGAAUCUUUUUCCGGAUGCAACAAUAGUUGUAGGAACAGAAGUUACGAAACAUGGCGAACUCUAUCGACACCCCAUCAGUUAUACCCAUCCGUUUCGCAUUGAUGACAAGGUAAGAGAUGCAAGUUCAUUGCGUACCGUCUACUAG